CGUCACUGUUGGGCCUGCUCAGGACGUUACAGGUCCCCCCGCAGCUGCUGGUGACCUUCCUGGAGGGGCUGCUGGUCAUCUACCUGGAGAGGGUCACACCGCCACCACCUGCUGCAGCACCGCCACCACCUGCUGCAGCACCGCCACCACCUGCUGCAGCACCGCCACCACCUGCAGCAGCACCGCCACCACCUGCAGCAUCGCAACCAGCAGGAACAGGAGCAGGAGGAGCAGCAGGAGGAGCAGCAGCAACUAGCGGAGAGGGUGCUCGAGUGCCGCGGCCCGACGACAGCGACCCAGCCGCUGCGCCAGCGUCCGACGCCGCUACUGCCGCUGCCGCCGCCUCAGCGGUAGCGGCGCUUCUUGAAGGUAGCAGAGCUGCAGACGCAGCCCCUACUGCUGGGGCCGGUGCUGCUGCUGCUGCUGCUGCUGGGCUUCCCGCUGAGGGAGGAGCUGCUGGGGGCGACAACCUCAGCAGUGGCGGCGGGAGCGAUGCCGCCGCUGCUGCUGCUGUUAGUGGCGGCAGUAGCACUACCAGUGCAGGUGCUGCUACUGCUGCUGCUGCCGGUGCUGCCAGUGCUGCAGGCAAGGGAGGUGGAGGAGGGGAAGGCGGUGGUAAGCAGGAGGGUGGCGGAGUGGACCGCAUGUUCCUGAAGCUCGCUCGACUGGUUUCGGAGCUGCUGAGGGAGCUGUUGAGGGAC